ACCAUUAACGUCAACAGCUGUUCGGUCAAAUCAAUAACAAAAAUAUAGUGAACCGGAAUGCAGUGAUAAACCAUGGCGUUAUUACAUAAAAAGAGCCAGGAAAUACCGGAGGAUGCGGUGAAAUUGAAUGAAACACAAGCGGUGCUAUACUUCAUGAAGAUCGUCGAAGGAUGGGACAACAAAUGGGAAUCAUGGCCCCUCAUACACAGCCCAGGCAUUCUGGGAGCGACGACGGUAGUGUCCAGCAUCUACAUAAAUAGCCACUACCGGAACAAGCUGAAAUUGGGCAACUACGGACGGCUUUCCAGCUACAUACCGGCCGUAGUACUGCCAGCCAUAAUGACUACCUUUUUCCAUAAAAUGUACGUCGUGCCUGAGGUGACACUAAACAGACAGCAGUGUCCAGUUUGUAUCCAAGUCAGGGCGGGAUUGUUCCAGGCUGGUUUUAGUACCAUCUAUCCAAUGCUUCUGGCACCGCUAUCAGCUUUCAUGUUUGCUACCCGACACUUCACCUACCGAUUGCCAUCGAUUACGGAACAGCCCCGCGAAGUGCUGACACUCUAUCGGAAGAUGACCCGUCCCAUCACCCUCGCAGUGACCGGACUGCUGGCAUUCAAUCUAAUGCUAUCGAUGUUUCUCACCGGGUCGGAAAUUGAAUCGGUUUACAAAAUCAAUCUGAAGCUGCUGGAACUCGAACGCAGGGUGGACAGUGGUGAUCUGGAGCAGCUGAGUCAGUAGGCCAGGCAUGGUUUGAACUGUUGUCACACUUUGUAGAUAUGAUAGUCAUAAAAAUGGAUGUGCUCAUUUG